GGACUGCGGUGCAAGGCCGUAACGGCCUUUUCUCAUUCAUUAUCUCUGGCGUUAUCCCGUUGAUUCCCUGUUUUGUUGGUAAUGGGUGGCGAAUAUGGCCAUUGCUUGCGAUCUGGACCACUGGGUGUGGCGUUCGGCUGUACCAUGCAGAUCGCCAGGUCGUGACAGAUUGCUUCAUAUUCGGAACUGUCGCUUCAUGGCUGGCGAGAGAAGAUAUAUUUGAGUUUACAAUCAAGAGAUGGAAUGAGUUAGGUGUGGCUGCGAGCCCGUCGACGCUGUUUCUCGCUUCUAGCGUCACGGUCGUGCUUGCCUUGGCUACCCUUCCGUGGCGCGCAAUUGGCAACACCAAGAAUACACCAGAAGAGCUGUCUCCGAAUGCUCGCAAGUGGGUGUUGGAUUUUCCGAAGCCAAGGAUUUUUCCAUGCCAAACAACGCAUGCCCGCAUGUUCCCAAAGAGACACGCCUUCAAAUAUUCGUACCUCCAAUGUGGCUUCCCUAUCGUUCCAACUUCGACUACAGCGGACGGAACUGAUGUUUCUGAUGGGAGAGACCAAGAACUGGGUAGCUGGUGGUUACGAGUUAGAGCUAAUGACUACUUGGAGCGAGGCAAUGGAGCGCUCGGUUUUUAUGGAAAGUUGAAGUUGUACUUGAGAGAGCAGCAGGUCAAGGAUUCAGACUGGUCGUAUGCCUACCUCAUCACUGCACCACGCUUUCUCGGCUAUUCCUUCAAUCCGGUCUCCUUCUGGUACAUCUACGAUCGCGAAAGCCAGCUUACGAAGAUGGUCCUCGAGGUGAACAACACGUUCGGCGAACGACGAAUGUAUUUAUUGGAUGGAUCUAGUCCACCUAGCCCGCCCCGAACAUCUGGAUCCCAGAGUUUCCCUGUGUCGGAACAAUCUGAAUCGGAGCUACCGGACGUGGUGAAGGCGCGCUUCACCGAUGUUUGGACGAAAGACUUCCACGUCUCUCCAUUUAACUCUAGGAAGGGGUCAUAUGCUCUGAAAGCGCUGGACCCGUUUCCUUACGUUUCCUACGAUGCCCCGAUCAUUGAUAACACAGUUACUUUAAAAUCUUCCAAGGACCACGCAAAGCUUGUUGCCCGCUUAUACUCUACCGGCCAAGCUUUGGAUCCAAGUCAACUGGGCUUUCUUGGAACUGUUCGACUUGUCUCAAGCUGGUGGUGGGUUGGCUUCGUAACUUUCCCACGUAUCUUGAGGGAAGCUACGAAGCUCUUCUUCAGUAGGAAGUUGCAUGUGUGGCUCCGUCCUGAGGUAUUGACUUCGAGUGUCGGUCGCUUUCCUACCGCGUCAGAAAUCACGUUACAUGGGGUCUUCAAAGAUUACCUAAUCCAUCUUGUGCACGGAAUUGAAGACCCAUUCUGCAUCACGAUGAAAGGCGCGAUUCCCGACAUCCCAACAGAGACGGUCAUGACGAGACUUGAAGGCGGCCACGAUCGAGCCAUGACGAAUAUCGAGAUUCGUGUAUUGACACCUGCUUUCUACUCGCGCCUUGUUCAUUACUCUUUCACUUCCGAAGCCUUCGAUCGCGAGUGUGUCUUCACCGACGAGCGUAACCGGACUCUGUGGGUGUGCCGACCACAAUUGCUAGCAGCGCUCCUUUUAGAAAAGACGACUUUACAAAGACAGGGCAAAGGCUUGCCCGUGGUGAACAGGAGUUACCUCGAUGAGCUUAGAUGGGCAGUCAUGAGGAAGCUAAGAUGUCCUCCCGCCGACCCUGUAUACUCAGUGACCCCAAGAAACUCGGCAUUCAACGUUGACGACAUCCGCUCUCGACCGUACUCUGAACUGGAUAACUUUGUGCGGUCUUCCAAGGGUCGCUUGUACGCGGGCGAGUAUAGAAGAGUAGUCACAAAGCUCUUUCUGGCGCAGCGCUUCUGCCUAGGAUUCCCAGAAGUUGCCACAUUGGUGGACUUGUUCUUAAGAGUGUUGCUGUGCUACCUCGCUGUUCUGCAGCUCAGAAUCUGGGGUGGAGGAAAUGAAAGUACGGGACAAUUGGAGGUCCUGGAGAAAGCGAUGAACCGGGAGAGUUGGUUGGCCUACUUUGGUUGGCCAGCCUCAUGGAGCGCUGUCGUGUUGUUUGCAUGCCAUGCGUACGGAUUAUCGAAAGGCUACAAGUAGACCCCUAAUCAAAAUAUGAUACACUGUAG